CAACAGAUGCGACGGCAACUCGAUCUAGGGUUUGCAAUUGGCCAAGCUUUGUGUUUUGGCAGAUUUCCACGUGGAGAAUGGAGUCAACUUGCGCGUUUCGGGACCCUCUUUUCCCACAUUGUUUCCGACGACACGGACGUCAGAUGCCGUGCCACCCGGGAUGGAGGGAGAAACUUGCUCAUAGUAACGCUCGUGCCGAUCUUCCACUUUACGGUAUCAUCUCCCUGGGAUGGAUGAGAGAAAGAGACUUCUUAACUUUGAUAAAUCAUAUGAUGCCGCCAUCGAUAUCAACGACGGGACCAGACUUGUCUAUCAAAGACUCAGCACUGCAAUACACCCUACCACAUCGAUUCUGCGAAUUUCCAUCGACAAGAAUCGACUGUAUCAGCAAUCUCCAGGCGAAUUGAAAGUUAAAUCACCCCAGAGCAAAUAUCCACCGAUCGGAGUACCACUCCAUAGUCGACCGAAAUGGACAUGAACAUGGCGACCAGCACAGCCAUGGCGAUGGCAACAUCGACUAGUGCUGCCUCCGGCGAUAUGUCGAGCAUGUCGAUGUCAAUGUCUGAAAUGGCUAUGACAUUCUUCGAAGCCUUCCAAACACCACUCUACUCGGACGCAUGGACACCGACAAGUCCCGGUCAAUAUGCGGGCACCUGCAUCUUUCUCAUUGUGCUGGGCUCGAUCUUACGCCUCCUACUCGCUCUGAAGCCCGUACUCGAAGACCGAUUCUGGAGAAACUACCCCGCCUACGAAUCGGACAAGCAAGCCUUGACAAGUCACCAUGCAGAGAGUAUUGAGCCAGGACAGGCCGGCUCGGUGAUCCGAAAAGAUAUUGUAGGACGAUGGAAAGGGUGGCGGGCUGGUGCUGCUGCUGCAAGGGCCACUUACGAAGUCAUUGUGGGAGGGAUCGGAUAUCUCCUGAUGCUUGCGGUCAUGACGAUGAAUGUUGGCUACUUUCUCUCUGUGCUCAGUGGUGUUUGGCUCGGAACGUUUCUGCUUGGUGGACUUGCAGGCGGUAGUCCGGCGAUUCACUGCUAGAACAAGAAGAUGGGAUAAAUGAUAGCGACAAACUUAUAUCAAGUCGAAGUUUAGCCAUUCAGUAUUAGCAGAUAAUUUAAUUGUGAUGAACUAAUGUCCU